CCAAUUCUUUGCUUCUUCAAUCCCUUGACUCCGCUGUUAAUAUCCUGAUUCAGUCUUUCUGUUUGGUAAAUAAUCAUGAUAUGAAGAUAUGUCAUUGUGUUAGAUCUUAGACUCAUUUCUUUGUUGCUUCGAUCCUUGUUCGCCUCAUUAAAGCCCUGCUGUCUCCUAUGUGUACCGUCCUUCACAUCUCUACAGUGUAUAAGUCCCAGACUCAAUGUGACUUUGAUACUGGCUUGAACACGUUUCAAUUCUCUGAUUCGCCGGUUCCCUCUCUGUCUACGCAGCGAUUUGAGCAUCAUGUUUACAUUUACCUCCAAGCGCCAGAGAGACCCGGAGCAAGAUGAUUUUGAUGGGAAUGCGACCCGGGAAAAGAAGAAGCACAGACCUCUCCCUCUACGAGCAUCCCCAACUACCCUCCAGUUUCCGUCGUUCCAGAAAAGCAACCGUGUUGUCUCCCGCUUUGGUCUCUCAACGCCGACCCCGGUAGAAUCCUCCGACGAUGACAAGGAUGACAAUGGAGUGGGCGAAUCCCUCUACAACUGCUCAACUCAGCCUUGGUGUCUACCAAUGCCAACGACAGCAAGAUUACAGCAGUGUCCACCAACAAGCGCAACACAGCAAGAUCCUCAACAUCUCCCUCAUACACUGAGCGCAAAUAUGGACAUUGAUAACGGGAAAGAGACGCACGGUCUAAAAACUGCGUCCAUCACACACUGUCUUGUUGGCCAUUCGCAUAUCAUAAGCGAACGGCCAGUGGCGCACUCCGCAAAUGAUGCUGUUCGUGCGGCGCAGGAUUCUGUCGCAAAAGGUUACCAUCAAAGCUCUACAUCUUCUACGCAGCGGGGUGUCCUUCGAGAUCCGUACUCGAUCCAUGAUAGGGUCUGGUGGUGCGGUCAGCGCCUCCCUAGCCCGGUCAGUGACGAUGAAGAUGCUAUGGCUAUCAGCAGCAAAGACUCUGCGAGCGAUGCGGAUAUGACAUACUUGUCCCAGCCGGCGUCUCCUCCGCCAUGGGAUCCAGGAGCUACGGCCGACUUGCAACCACCGACGGGCUUGGCGGAUAACUUGGUGCUCGGGUGCUCGCCCACUUCUGUGUUGAAGAAGAAAGUAACAUUUUCAAUGGGGUACCGGGCGGAUUGCGAAAAGUGUCGGCACAAAGUCCCAGGUCAUUACAGUCACAUCAUGCGUUGCUGAUAUUUGUCGCUUCUCUCUUUUUCUUUUAUCGUCUAUGUUCUGUUUCAUCCUAUUCGUUUACUUGAUGACUUUGAUGAUAGGCGUUCUGAGAGGACAUGCCGCAGGGAUAGGCGGCCGGGUUGUUUGCCUUAUGAUACCAACGGAUUCGGAGAUAGGCGGGCUUUUAUCGGUAUAUACCACAUGGGAAAGAUGAGGAAAGAGGACCGGUAGAAAUGCAGUUAAGAAUCAGUUUAGAUAUUAUGCAAUAAUGAUGCGCGUGAGC